CACCGCACCUGCCCAGCACUAGUCCCCGAAGGCCGUAGCAGCCGUCGUCGGAUUCCCCCUCGCAUCCAUCUCUCGCAGUAUUAAUAAAUGGAGAGGGAUUUUGAGAUCGAACCUUCCGCGCCCACCAACUUGUCCCACGCGCGUCUCCUCCUCGUCCGUCGCUACCUCCGCCGCCGCCCGCCGAAGAUGGUGUUGUGGGAGAUGACGGUAAUCACGGCCUACUUCUUGGGGCUGAAGCGGACCUACAGACUCGCCCUCAGGAUCCAACGUCGUCUCGUCGGCCCCAAUCACCCCAAGAUCCGUCAAUUCCUGUCCAGGCGCAUCCGUAGUGUUUUUAACGUGGCAGUCAAAGUUCACAAGAAUAUACAACAGAGAGAUAUAGAAGUUGGUCGGAGUCUCGGGAAUUGGAUUCUUCGGUGGCUUGACCGCAUGAAACCAUCGGCGCAGAUACGCCCUCGUCCUCCGGUUGUACCAACCCAUGACAUACCCAAGCGUAUCACUAGUUCAGACCAGUCUCUUGGAGCACGGAGACCGAAUCAUAAAAUUACAGACAAGGAAUCUAAUGGGCGAUCGCUUUUCACCUCUUUGAACAAAGGGCCAAAUUCCUUCCCAACUAUGUCCAUGAUGAUGCAGCCAAGGAGACCAGCCAGUUUGGGCAAUCAAUACAGGCACAUGUUCUACUUUCAACCUCAUGCCUCAGCAUUGGAGAAAAAAAGAGACUUAUUAGAAUGUGUUUUUCGGAAGGACAUUGCACAGUGGAUGCUGCACUAAUGACAGGUAACUCAUGAUUCCCUUGCUGACGAACUGAACUCACCUUGCCUUUAAUUCUAUCUGGUUCUUUUGUAUGCCUGGUGCAUGGUUGAGUUAUUUCUUGUUCUUUAAAUUUCUCAUACAAAAAUACAUCAUGGUUGGUACCUUGGUCUGCCUGGUAGUCCCAUGUACUUUUAGCUACAGGAAGCAUUUGAAGCAGCACCAACUGAAAGGCUGAAAAUUUGAGAUCGUUGUAGUGUUGUUGUGGGCUUUCUACAAAGCAACUCGUGAUUCACAGGCUCAAUUUUAUCUUUUGAACUAAUAAAUGUUAUAUAGAGUUUAGGCUUGGAAUCAACAGUUAACGGCCAUACCCUGUAAUGAAAGCAAACAGUUCGCGCUGAUGUGUAAUUCCUACAGCCAUUCAUUUCUCUUCUUUCUGUCCAAACUAUAAAAUUUCAUGGUUUUGAUCCUCGUCAAUGUGGUUAAUCUGUCUUUCUAUUUUUAACUGUUUGUUUAUCUAAAAUGACAUAUCAUGGGAAUUGAAACCGGACUAUUUAUUGAAUGAA